UUUAAGGCUGCCCAACGCUGUUUCUUAAGCAUAGUCCAAAUUUCUAAAUGUAGAUAGACAGGAAUGUUUCCUGACAAAGAAGUCUAUGGAGGCUGAAAGCUGUUCUGUUUAAUUGGGGUUGAUUGCAAUCUAAGAGGCUUCUGGAUACACCACGUUGUCCAUUCCAUCACCAUUGCAAACUCUUGUGCACCCCCUGGUGCAUGCUUGUCUCCAAAACUUCUUUGUGUUGGCUGCUUUGCAGAUUGUCUUCCUUGUCUCUGGUUGCUCAUUAUUCAGAGGAUCUCAGGUCAUCUGCAGCUGCAGCAAAGGAGAAGCAGGAAAGAUGGCGAUCACCCUCUAGACCGGGCACACGCAUGAGACACAAAACAACUUUUAGUAAGAUAGCUUUUUCUGGAAAAAUAUCCAGUAAGUAAAACAUGAGUCCAAAACGUUAAGAUCUCGGCUUUGUUAAUGAUACAUUUAAGCAAGACGUUGUGCGAUCUGGAUAGCGUCCGUGUAAUCAGCUGGAAGAAGCUGAAGGUUUUUUUUUUUAGUUUAGGACCAGUCGUGAGGACUUGGAUCACUGAGCGAGGGGGAGAGCGAGCAAACGAGAAGAGAAAGAGAAAAGAAAGCUUCUCCGUUCUGGCACUCAGACACGUAGAGCCAGCCAGAUCGUGACCUCUUUAUUUUUUUCAACCACCCCUUUAUUUGUACGUUUUUUGGAGAUCGGGACACGGAACUGGACCUCCCUAGAGCUUGAGUUUGCGACCCGAUCCCCAGGAGGGUUUGUUUAGGUUUACCUGGAUUUACAAGGGGUCCACAAUAAUGGAGGUGCUGCAGUGUGAUGGCUGUGAUUUCCGUGCAGAAACAUACGAUGACCUCAAGGCACACAUUCAGGAUGUUCACACAGCUUUCCUGCAGCCGACAGCAGUCGGGGAGGGGAAUUCCAGUCAGCCUAGGUCUGACACUUCAAAUGCUCACAGCCCUAAUGGUGAUGGUGAUGGUGAUGAGGAUGAUGAAGAUGAUGAUGAGGAGGAGAUGUCUGGAUUGAAGGAUGAGUGUGGAACCUCAAAUGAAGGAGAAGGUCUUCACCCAUAUCAAUCCAGCUCGAGGCAUUUUACCACUUCUAACCAAAUGUUCAACCAACCAGUUAACCAUCCUUUGAAUUCUGUAAGCCAGUUUUUCCAGUGCAAGUUCUGUGUGCGCUAUUUCAGGUCAAAAAACCUUCUCAAUGAGCAUACACGGAAGGUCCAUGGUUAUAUUGGAGGCCCAUUGCUAGGUGGCCGGAGUGCCCCAGUUUCACCAGCUCUUAAGCAGUCUAACUACAAUGUUUUAAUGCACGAUGGCUUUGGGAAGGUUUUCUCUUGCCAGUAUUGUACCUACAAGUCUCCACGACGGGCUAGGAUUCUAAAACAUCAAAAGAUGUACCACAAAACGAACCUGUUAGAAGCACCCUUGCCUGCUCCUGAGCCCAUAUCUGAAUCCUCAUCCUCCUCUCUAGUGAUACCUGGGCAAGAAUCCUGCAGCGAUUUGCCAGAGGAAGUUGUUGAGCGCAGCAUUCUGGAGUCAAUGGUCAAGCCAUUGACCAAAUCUAGGGGAAACUUCUCUUGUGAGUGGUGUGGCUACCAGACCCUGCGCAGAGAACGGUGGUGUGACCAUAUGAUGAAGAAGCACCGCAAUAUGGUAAAGAUUAUUUCCUCACUUAGCCAGCAACAAGAAGGGAUUAAUGUGGGCUCUUCCAAGCCAGAGUCUUCUUCCUCCCAUAGGAGCACUCCCAACUCCAGCUUUAUGCCCAAAAAUGUAGGUGGCAAUGAAGGGUCUUCCAUUAAUGUCAGGAGUAGUUCAAUUUUACGGUCCCCUCCUGCCCCAGUAAGCAAGUUUGCUCCUUUUCAGUAUUCACAGAUGAAACCUAAAACCUCUGCCAGUACUGGUGCCUCACUCUUAUCAGAAAGAUCAUCCUUUGGGAUAUCUGAUUUGUCCAACUCUGGUAUGGAUAUAGAAACAAACAGCAUGCUCAACGAUUCCAGAAGUAGCUCUGAUGAUGAAUUGGGGGACGUGGAUGGCCCAAACCAUUCAAACUCUUUGUCGUCAGAAGUUUCUGGCAAGCAGCUGUUGUCCGAAGAGGAUAACAAAAUGUUGGAAACUAAAGGAAUACCAUUUAGAAGGUACAUGAACAGGUUUCAGUGCCCUUUUUGCUCUUUUCUUACCAUGCAUCGUCGGAGUAUCUCUCGUCAUAUAGAGAACAUCCAUCUGUCUGGCAAGACCACUGUAUACAAGUGUGACGAAUGCCCGUUCAUUUGCACCAGUCCACUAAAGUUGGGCACUCACAAGCAAUGUCAUGUGGGAACAUCUUCAGAGUGGGAGACCAUGAACUUACAGAAUGAAAGCCUAAGCUCUCUAAAUGAAAGUGUGGAGCCCAUGAAUGGAGGAAACAUAAACUCCAAAGUGAAUGGUAGAAAAUCAGGAAUACUGGCAGAGCUAAGCCAGGCAAAUCCUCACAGAUGUUCCUUGUGCAACUUCUCAACAACCACCUUGAAAGGUCUUCGUGUUCAUCAGCAACAUAAACAUUCAUACUGUGACAAUCUGCAAGUUCCGAAUUACGAGGGGCUAUCCAAUGACCAACAGGACUCGGAACCAGAGACGUAUAGUUCACCAACGUACGUGCAGAAAACUCAGACCUCAAUACUAGGCUUCUCUUCCAAAAAGCACUUGGUAACAAAGAAUGCCAGGAAGUCAAUCAAUGACUUGCCCUUAGAUCUGUCGCCUGUCAAAAAAAGAACCAGAAUUGAUGAAAUUGCCAACAAUCUACAGAGUAAGAUCAGCCAAAACAAGCAGCAGGUGGACUCAGUGAUCAACCUGGAGGAUAUUGACGAUGAGGAAGAGGAUGAAGAGAAUGAAGUAGAAAUUGAAGUGGAUGAAGAGAAGGAAGAAACAGAAGCUGAGCAGCUGAUGAAAAAUCAGCCCUACAGGUAUCCUAGACACAGGAUAUAUGUUAGAGAAUCAGAUGACUCCCAAAAUGAUGACCCUUAUGGUUCUAAUUUAUCAAAAUAUGGUUCCAGUAAUAUGCCACCUAUUGAACUGACCCUGUCAGAUGAAGAGGAUAAUGAUGAUGAUGAUUAUGGUGCUCCUCCAGAGUCCAAAGAACCACACGAAGAGUGUGACCAAGAUAGUAGAGAUGCUUAUCAGGAGUCCCUUGACUAUAAUGAGGACUCUGGAUCUUUAUUUUACUGCAAACACUGUGAUUACAGCAACAAGUCUGCCCGCAGUGUUAGCACCCACUACCAGCGAAUGCAUCCUUACAUAAAAUUUAGUUUCAGGUACAUUCUGGAUCCAAAUGAUCACAGUGCUGUGUACCGUUGUCUAGAAUGCUAUGUGGAAUAUACAACUUUUGAUGAUCUUAAUCAACACUAUGGUGAACAUCAUCCUGAAGCCAUUAACGUCCUAAACUUCAACCAGCCUGAUCUGAUCUACAGGUGUCGCUUCUGUCUGUACACCAGUCCAAAUGUUCGAAGCCUGAUGCCACAUUACCAAAGAAUGCACCCCACAGUGAAGAUUAACAAUGCAAUGAUCUUUUCAAGCUAUGUGGUUGACCAACCUCAGCAGAUGACUGGUGAGUCCCAAACUUUACGAGAAAUCUUAAACUCUGGCCCUAAAAGCUUUGGAACAUCCACACCAGUACCCCACAGUGCAUCCCAGUCAAGCCCUGUAAGCAAGAGCAUCCCAAAGACAGAAUCUAGUCUAGAUGCAGAAUCUCAAAAAGACGCCACAAUAAAUAAUGUAGUAGUCUAUGACUGUGAUAUCUGCUCGUUUGCCAGCCCCAACAUGCACUCCGUCUUGGUGCACUACCAGAAGAAACACCCAGAGCAAAAAGCUUCGUAUUUCCGGAUCCAGAAAACCAUGCGUGUAGUGUCUGUAGAUCAUACCCAAACGAAUUCCAACCCAGCCUUUGAAGUAAGCACACCCUCCCCUCCUAAGAUAUCUAACACACCUUCAAUAGAUGUGAACAAAGAGGAAAUGUACUACUGCAAACAUUGUGUGUACAGUAACCGAUCAGUUGUGGGUGUGCUUGUUCAUUAUCAAAAGAGGCACCCAGAAAUAAAAGUCACAGCAAAAUACAUUAAGCAUGCUCCUCCUACCCCCGGUCUGUUGAAGCUUAUGGAUGAGCUGCAAAUUGCACCACCAAAACAGUUUCUGCAGCAGUUUAACAGUGGAUUAGAAGGCUCUAGCUUUUCCCAACCUCAACCUGGUGGAAAUAAGGGAGAAGGAGAGAUGCUGUUCUUCUGCCAGCAUUGCGACUAUGGAAACCGUACAGUAAAAGGAGUUCUGAUUCACUAUCAGAAGAAGCACAGAGACGUGAAAGCAAAUGCCGACCUUGUGCGCCGACAUACAGCAGUGGUCCGCAGCCAGCGUGAGCGUGCUCAGAUGAUCCAGUCUGGGAGUGUGUCGGCCCCAGUCACCAGUUCGGAAAAUGAGAAGAGCAAGCUCUUAAGGUCAUUGAAAUGCAGGCACUGCUCCUAUAUAUCUCCAUAUAUUUAUGCUCUGAAGAAGCAUCUCAAGAAAGACCAUCCCACUGUAAAGGCCACAGCUAUGACCAUUUUACAUUGGGCAUAUCAAGAUGGUGUCCUAGAGGCAGGAUAUCACUGUGAGUGGUGUAUCUAUUCUCAUGCCGAACCAAAUGGAUUGCUUAUGCAUUACCAAAGACGACACCCUGAACACAAUGUUGACUACACUUACAUGGCCACAAAACUUUGGGCAGGUCCAGAGACUUCAACCUCCCAGCAGAUGGCAACCCCAGAAACCAAGCACUACCAAUGCAGAGAUUGUGCCUAUGAGGCUUGUUCAAUCUGGGAUAUCACCAAUCACUAUCAAGCUGUUCACCCAUGGGCAGUCAGUGGAGAUGAAUCUGUGUUAUUGGACAUCAUCAAAGGCAAUAUUUCCUCUGAGCAGCAAAAGACACAAACCUCAAAGCCAGAGGCACAAGUCCCAGAGGCCAGCCAGUUUAACAGGCAACCUUCUGAGCAAGAUGAGGAACCUUUGGAAAUUUCAGUGGGCUCUCCUGAAAUGGCCUCCCAGAUUUCUUAUGCUAGCACUUCAAUGUCUAGCAAUCCAUAUCAAUGUACUGUCUGCUUGUCUGAAUACAAUAGCUUGCAUGGCCUCCUGACUCACUACGGCAAAAAGCAUCCAGGCAUGAAGGUUAAAGCUGCCGAUUUUGCACAGGAAACAGACAUAAACCCCAGUUCUGUUUACAAGUGCAGGCACUGUCCAUAUGUGAACUCCCGCAUCCAUGGUGUACUCACACACUACCAGAAACGCCACCCUCUAGUGAAGGUCACCGCUGAAGACUUUGCAGAUGAUGUUGAGGAGGUAAUAGAGCUAAACGAAGGCGAUGAAAAGUGUAAAUCACAAAGGCAGGGGUAUGGUGCAUAUAGGUGCAAGAUGUGCCCAUAUACCCAUGGAACCUUGGAGAAGCUAAAAAUCCACUAUGAAAAGUACCACAAUCAACCUGCAUCUGCAAUGUUCAAGACAUCAGCAACAAGUUUUGCUGUGGCAAAAGAAGGACCACAAGCUGAAAACAGUUCAGCAAAUCUGGUGGAGGUACAGGGGGUGGGUGUGUUUAUUCCAGCUCUUUCCCAGUUCGCUGGUGACAAAGCAGAGACUCACACAGUCUUCAGAUGCCAGCUUUGUAAAUACUUCUGCUCCACCCGAAAGGGCAUAGCUCGUCAUUACCGCAUCAAGCACAACAAUGUCCGGGCUCAGCCUGAGGGCAAAAACAAUGUCUUCAAGUGUGCGUUGUGCUCCUAUACCAACCCCAUCCGCAAAGGACUGGCUGCGCAUUACCAGAAACGACAUGAUAUUGAUGCAUACUACACCCACUGCCUGGCAGCCUCCAAAUCCGUCGGUGAGAGGCCGAGCAAAAUAGUUGUACCUGUGGCUUCACAAACCGAAAGCCCGCCCUUGAGUGAGGAACUGAGAAUAGCGGUUGAGAAGAGAAGAUGCUCUCUGUGCUCUUUCCAGGCUUUUAGUAAAAAAAGCAUUGUUUCGCAUUACAUCAAACGACACCCAGGGGUCUUCCCCAAGAGGCAACAUUCCAGCAAACUGGGACGUUACUUCACCGUGGUCUAUGCCAAGGACCCAGAAAAAAAAAUUGAAGUUGAGGAAAAAACAGUUCCCGAGCAGGCAGAGACAGACCAAGAGAAGGAUGCUGAGUGGCUCCCCUAUAAGUGCAUUAAGUGCUUUAAGCUGUCCUUCAACACUGCUGAACUACUCUGCAUGCACUACACAGACCACCACAGCAAGGACCUAAAACGGGACUUCACAACCAUCCCUAGCAGCACAAGCAUCAGCAACCAGAGCUUCCAGUGUGCCCACUGUGACACCAAGCUCUUAAGCAUAGCUGAGCUCAGCUCCCACUUGACAAAUCACAAUGAAGAGUUCCAGAAGCGGGCUAAAAGACAGGAGAGGAGGAAGCAACUCCAGAGCAAACAGAAAGGACUGGAACCAGCAGAAAACAAACCAGAUAAGCCUGACAACCAAGCCAGUAACUCCCCCAUUGGCUACAGAUGCAACUUCUGUGUUGAGGUUCAUCCCACCCUGAGAGCAAUUUGCAACCACCUCCGAAAGCACGUCCAGUAUGGAGAAGUCAAAGCUGGGCAUGUAAAGCAGGAAGUGAGUGAAGCCCCUAUCACUCCUCCAGAGGAAGCAGUGGCCAAUGAGGGUUCGGCAGAGGAAGGCCUGGCAGGUUCUUCAGAAGCCCCUGUUUCUGUGCAGAAGGAAAAUGUGGAAUUGCUUCAAAUGGAGGCUGAAGAAGCCACGGAGCCUCAGGAGAGGCCCUCUGGCGGGCAUGCCUGCACACAGUGUGAUCGUGUCUUCAUGUCCAUGCAAGGCCUGCGCUCCCACGAGAGGAGCCACUCUGCACUCGCCAUGUUCACCCGAGAGGACAAAUACAGCUGUCAGUACUGCCAGUUCGUGUCAGCUUUCAGGCACAACUUGGAUCGUCAUGUUCAGUCUCACCACGGACAGCACAAGCCGUUUCGCUGCAAACUUUGCUCAUUCAAAUCUGCCUAUAUGGGUCGCCUCAAGAGCCACUUCCAUAAAGUUCAUGCAGGUGAGCACACUUACAAGUGUUCCUCAUGCUCCUUCUCCUCCAUGACGAUCAGCCAGCUCAAGGAACACUCACAGAAGGACCAUGGGGAAGCCCUCACUCUGACCAAGAUGCGUGCCGCCAACCAUUCUGCUUUCAGAGCCCAGAAACCACCCCAGGUGACUGGGCAAACAUUAGAAAUCAACGAAUCUGAUGACUGUUCCUACUCGGAACCUCCGGAUGUACAGCAGCAACUGAGUCAUUACCAGCAAGCCGUCCGCAAUAACAGCAGUGCCAGCCCCACGCCUCGGCCCAGCGCUGUAGCCGAAGUCAAACCAGAAGGCCCCCUGACCUGCGAGUUUUGCGAUUUCAGCUCGGGCUACAUGCAGAGCCUCCGUCGCCACUACCGUGACAGGCAUGGUGGGAAGAAGCUGUUCAAGUGUAAAGACUGCUCCUUCUUUACCUGUUACAAGUCUGCAUUCACAAUGCAUGUGGAAGCGGGCCACACAGCCACCCCUGAAGAGGGCCCCAAAGACCUGCGCUGCCCACUCUGUCUCUACCACACCAAAUACAAGAGCAAUAUGAUUGACCAUAUUGUCCUGCACAGGGAGGAGCGAGUGGUCCCGAUCGAGGUGUGCCGCUCUAAGCUGUCGAAGCACCUGCAGGGGAUUGUGUUUCGCUGCGACAAGUGCACCUUCACCUGUUCCAGCGAUGAGAGCCUGCAGCAGCACAUCGAGAAGCACAACGAGCUCAAGCCUUACAAGUGCCAGCUGUGCUAUUAUGAUAGCAAAGAACGGGAGGAGCUUGAGGGGCACCUGCAUGAGGAGCACAAGGUAAGCCGAAACUUUGAACUGGUUGGCCGAAUUAACCUGGACCAGCUUGAGUCGAUUAAAGAAAAGGUGGAGAGCUUAACCAGCGAAGAUGAGGAAGAGGUGGAGCUAGAGGAGGAAGAGAAAGAGGAUGAGGAGGAGGAGGAGGAGGAGGAGGAGGAGGAGGAGGAUGACGAUGACGAUGGGGCGGAAAGUGAGAAGAGUGAGAUAAAAGAUGCGCCAGGCUCUCCUGGAAGUGGAGCAUCUGUUUACAUUGAAAAGCGAUUUCCUUGUGAAUUCUGCGGCCGCACGUUUGAACGUUCCUCUGAGUGGGAACGGCAUGUUCUAAGGCAUGGCAUGGCUGUGAAAAACAACAAGAAGGAGGUCACAAGUGUUGUCCAGGCAGUGGAAGUUGAAAUGAAGACAAGCAGGGCAGCACCUGUUGCAACAGAAGAUAAAGGUGAAGAGGAUUUAAAUGUUCCUGUGGAAGCUGAAAAUCACCAGGCUGAGCUCUCAAACAAAAAUGAAAAGGACAAUGGGAAGCCAGAGACCAAAAAUGAUACUUAAUAGGAAACGGAGUAGCUUUGAAAUUUUACUUGAAAAAAUUGAAACCAACCAAGGCUGCUUUACAUACAUGUUUCUUAACCUUUGGAGCACUGUUAGAUAACUGUUCUCGGUUUUCAGUUAUGCAUUGAAAAAAGCUUUGAGCUGUGUUACAUCCUACUUGUACUGGUGUCAUAUUUUAAAAUCGCAGAACCUUAAAAAUGUGAGAUUUGGUCCGUAGGACAGAUACUAAUAUAUUGGUAACCAAUAGUAAAUGGUAGAGAAAUGUCAUUAAGGUCAAAUCUGAAAACAGACUUCUAAUGUGUGUUUGGAAUACAGAAAUGUAGACACUUGUAUACUCAUGAACUAUUCAUGAAUCAUGAACAAAUAUGAGGAUAGUGAUUUCAUUUUUUUUUUUUUUUUUUUUUUUUUUUUUUUUAAAUCCAAAAAAAUUAUUAAUUAUAUACCAGGUUUUUAGUUUUUUAAUUAUCACUCCAUUAAUGAAUAGUAAGCAUGCUAUUUGUUUACCAGAUGGUUCUGUAGAUUCUUUACUUAUACAGUAUAUGACUAGAAUAUCUACAGUUUAAUAAGAAAAUUGCAAGUUUGCCCUGAUGUUUAAAAGCAUGGCAGGCUCCAACCGAUUUUGUAAGGAUUUGACCUUAACGAUGAACAGUUAUUUGUUUUACAUUGAGUACUUACUUAAGUGUUAAUCUCAAAGAGCAAAUAAAUAUAGGAGAUAUUUGUAUAUGUUUUGUAUUUAAUUUAAAUGCAUUAGCAGUUUCCAAAAUUUGUGUAGCAAAUUGCUACGUUAAUCUGGGUUUAUGUCUUCUUGUAUCCCCCAGCUUUGUUUUAGUUGAUGCACCGCCAUUGUUUCAAACACAACAUUGUUAUUACUGAAAGCCAAUUCUAUCCCUCACUCAGUGGGAAGUAAAAUUUUAAUGAAAGUCUUCUGUGAUAGAAAGGGAUAGCUUGAACAUGGCACCUUGGUUUAACCAUGAACAGUUUUAGCCUCUGUAGCUGACAAAACCACUUGGUUCAUUGUUUUCUGUUCAGUGUUAAUGUAAAAAAAAAAAAAAAAAAAAAAAAAAAAAGGUAGCCAUUUUCUUACAGCUGCUCUCUUUAGCACAUGAUAGCCUUUAUGAUUUUACCUCAGAACUAACAAAAUGUAAGUUCUUCUCUUUAGUGUUUCUGUAUAUAUUUAUCAGAAACUAGGAGUGAACCCAAUGAAUGCCCUUGUACACUUCAUAUUUCAUGAAAGCAACAAAUUACACAAAAAAAAAAAAAAAAAAACAGGAGAAAGGUGAUAAUACUAAAUAUUGCUGGAGAAGGAGUUUUUGCACUGGGUGGUUGUGCAUAAAAUAGCAUUUGUAAAAAUGUCUCAAGCUGAAUUUCUUGGUGUCUUUUGAAAAAAAUAAUAAUCUUGUGUUUUUUUUUUUUUUUUUUUUCUUGUUUUAUUAAAAGUCUUUAAGGAAAUGUAUGCUUCGCUUCUGGUGCUUUGACUAAUGUGAAAAAUGAGCAGUGUCUGUAAAAGAUUGCUGCUCAAACCCCUGAAGCCUUAUUAGACCGUAAUAAUAAUAAUUGUUGUGAAAUCUUUUUUGGCACUUAAAGAGCUUACCAACACCAGUAGUACUAAUAAGCAAAAGUGAAAGAUAAUAUCACCAAAAGCUAUGAUUGUUAUACAGAUCCUUGUACCUCCAGAUACCACUUUACCACUGGGCCUUAAGAAGUGAAAAUGCUUUCAACCGUGACCACUCCUUCAACAUUGAAAGAUGUGACUAGGCCUAUAUAAAUAUAAAAUCAGAAAAAAACUAUUUUAAGCAUCGAAAUUGGUAACACACUGGAAACUUGUAUAUAUUUGCUGUUUUUUUUAUUCCCCCCAUAUAUAUACAGUGCCUUGCAAAAGUAUUCAGACCCUC